CAGCGUGGAGAAGAGGGUGGUGAGCAGAGAGAGACAGAGAGAGGGGAGAGAGCGGUGCACAGUGGGCGAACCAACACGCGAUCAACAUCUCCUCGCUCGACCCUUUUCUCUCUCCUAGAGACCUUCCUCUGGAUCGACCUCCAUUGCCGUUUCACCUCUCCGAUCUUCCAUGUUCUUUCCUGCAAUGACCGUUUCUUCGAUUUUACUCGGAGCGGUUUGCGCGAUCGCGUUCCAAUAAGGUGCGGAUGCUCGCUUUCCCUUCAGGGUUCCGGCGACCUUGGUGCUUUUCUCGACCAUGACAUCUAGAAACUAGAUCACGCGAGGAUUUUUUUUGUUGUUAUUCAACACUGUCUUCGAUGUAGAAUAGGAUGCUUAUGGUUUCAUCCUCAGUGCGGCUGAUUCAUGUUCGGAUUGAUUUGGUUUGCUACUAGUUGAACGGUUGGGUUAUCAUCUUUAGCAGGUGCUGCAGUUUGGAAAAAAGCGACAAGUCGCCAACUUGGCUUUGCAUAUGCUUCGUUUGGGGAUUUUGCUCAGCUCUGGUUCACGUUAGAAGAAAUUUUUUUCUUGUUUCCUGAUUAUUAUCUGAUAUGAUGAAAUGGAUGGUAACAGACAGAUGGAGGUUCAUUAUAUAAAUACUGGUUUUCCUUACACUGUCACCGAAAGCUUUAUGGAUUUGUUUGAAGGCCUCACAUAUGCUCAGGCUGAUACUGCCCUUGCAGAAGUUUUGCAUGACCAGGGUAACACAUACUGGUCAAUGAUGUACGCAAACCCAUAUAAAUAUGAAUUUUCUGGCUCUUCCACUAAUUCAUAUUAUGAUUUUGGACACACCUAUGAGAUCAAUGAUCAUACACAAAGAUUGGAUGAAGGAAGGAGAGCAUGGGACAACCCUACAGUUUUGAACAACUUAGAUUUGCCACAGCAAGCCCAGCAUGGCAAUGAAGUUCACCAUGCAAGUAGAAAUCCUGGUGCUGAGGAACGUACUCGGGUUCACCGAAAUUCUAGUGGUUCUCAGGUCAUAUGGCAUGAUAAUAUUGACCCUGAUAAUAUGACAUACGAGGAAUUGCUUGAGUUGGGUGAGGCAAUUGGAACACACAGCCGUGGUCUUACCCAAGAGCGUAUUGCUUCGCUUCCUGUCAAAAAGUACAAGUGUAGCUUAUUUUCUAAGAAGAAAACACGACAUGAGAGAUGUGUCAUUUGCCAGAUGAAAUAUAGGAGAGGUGAUCGACAAAUGAUCCUUCCGUGCAAGCACUCAUACCAUUCUGUCUGUGUGACAAGAUGGCUCAACAUAAACAAGGCAUGUCCAAUUUGCUUUGUUGAGGUACCAGCUGAAGAACUGAAGCCAUAAUGAUUUCUAUUUAGCAAAUUGCAUGGACGUGUUUAGCCAAAUUACACUGCAAAAGCUGUUUUGUUUUCUCUCUCUUGUUGUAGUCUUCAUGUUUGAGGUUUACAGAAACUAGAUUGAUUCCUGAGUUGUCCUUAUCUAAGAGUUGUACAUUUCAAAUAGGUGAAUCGAUAGAAUCAUUUGGCCAGCAUUCCCUAUUUGUCAUAUGAAGUGUGAAAUGUUCAACUCUGUACCAGGUCGAGUAAGUGCUCGUUACAUUUGUGUAUGCGCUAAAUAUGUAUCAGGACAAACAGUGAAAGCUGUAUAAAUUGGCAUUUCAAGAUUCA